AUGGUUCUUGUUGUUGAUGAAAUUGCUCGCUUUCUAGACUGCUCAGUCCGUAGCCUAGCCGGACAUUUAGAUAAUCCUCAAACAAGAGUUUGUGUACUAACAAAAUUUUUGGAUCGUAAAGUCCGCACAACUUACUUAAACAAGGACUUUGAAAGAAAGACCUUCUUAUUUGGAGGACUUACACGAAAAGGCGCAAAUAGAAUUCGCGCCUAUGGACGCCUAAGACGUCCCUAUAAUAUUAGUAUAGCACAACAUUUCUACACUAGACAUCGUAUACAACUUAAGAACCCGUACCUAAAUUGCGUAAUCGAGCAUCGACCUUGGGCUAAGGAUCGUUUUUACCCUAUUGAACUACUAGAAUUUGUUGAUGAUGAGAUAGAGAAACUUCCAAGUUUGUCUUCGGAAUUUUCAGAGAAGGCAAAAUUUUCUCCUCCAGAUAGUCCUGAAAUUUUUAUGGACAAGGAAUUUGAAGAUGAGAUGGAAAUUUAUAGGGGAGACCUUAGUCAAGAUGAAUGGUAA